AUGGGAAGGGGAGAAAGACCUGGCGAUGAGGCGUACAUUCGGCCUUACAGCGAUGCUGCUAUCACACGGUGUCUGUACAGAUCGUUUGCCACCACACAGAAAGGAUAUCUGGCUCUGGUACCUCGUCAAGCUACACCAGGCCAUUUGGUCUGUGUACUCCGGGGUGGAAAUGUCCCGUUCAUUCUAAACCGACGAGAAGACGGGUAUCUUGAGCUUGUGGGCGAGGCGUACGUUCAUGGGAUUAUGGACGGUGAAGUUGUUCGGAGCGCUCAGAAGGAAGAUUUGAGCGUGUUUAGGAUUCGAUAG